UUUUACGGCAAUAAAAUUUUCCUGCGAGAUCAAAAUGUGAAAGAAAAUUUUACGACUCAACAAAAAUGCCGAGAAGAAAUAGGAGGUUAUAAUGCCAAUGACUUGGAUUCAGAUGAUUCGAAGAGCUAUGAAAAUUAAAGAGAAAAAUACUUUCCUGUCAAAUUCCACAAUGAGAAAGUGAGUUCAAUUUGCUACCACUUCUUUCCUAUUUGCAGAAGUGGCAAAUCAAUUUGUUUCAUUUGAUUGAAGACUUGUGAGCCUUAUGCAUUUUAUAAACGAAUUAUGUUGGGUUACGCACUAAUGCAAAAGCCUCUAUACAUGGAGCAUUUGUCACACCCUAUUCACUAUAAUUUUAAGCCGCACUUUCUCCACUUUAUGUUUUUCCUUUUGGUCCGCAUUUUAUAUGCUGUCUUCAAUAAUUUCCUACAAUAAUUGCCUCUUGAAUAUUGAACCGAAGUUCUACGCCCUUGGUACACUAGGACACUUUCAAUGGUCGAAAAUGACAGUAUUGGUCAUUGAAUCAGGAGGUCCUGUUGUAUGUCAGUCUUGGUAUUUAAUGAUAUGCACAAUAUGCUAUUGUAGAAGCAUGCAUAGAGGGUUUAGAAAUCUUAUGGCGUGUUUGCAUGCCAACUGUUUGAUUUUAUUGCACUGUUGGUUUGGUGGAACACCCAUCAAAUGAUCAAAAUCGCUUUCAGUAGGAGGAUUCAGAUUAAUAUUCUCAUGCACCCCUUGAUGCAUAACAAGAGACGAUUCACAGACUUUAUUUGUUUUUAUAUUUAUGAGGAGGUAUAUUUGGUGAUGUGGUACUAAAUUUGUGGUUAAAGUCUGACAACUGGCAAAUGCUAAUGUCUGGUCCCCUAACAAUUCAACAUUAAUUAGUGAGUUUUGAAGAAAAUACAUACAGAUAUAUGCACCUACUCGCUUUCUUGUUUGAACUCUAGUGAAUGGUGGAGUAGGCACACAUCACAUCUCACUCCCUCCCCCUGUGUAUGAUGGCAGGGGAAAGGAUGCCACUGCCAAUUGCCAACCUAUGAGGCUCAAACGUCCUAAUAAAUUGUCCACUAAAUUAAGCUAAUCAACUUUCCAAGUUGACCUCCAUUGGUUUAUUCUAUUGACUUAUCAGUCAACAAAAAAUCUGUACAGCUAGUUUCCUUCUGUUUAUGAGUGCCUUUUUAACUAACUCACUGUUAUUAAUGUAUUGUUCUCUGCCUAGGAAAAUACAUGGGUUUUAGCACUUCAUAAUGCGUUUUGUUGACAUAGCAGUGUUGAAAAGAUCUGUCCUGAAAUCGUUUUGAUUCUAAAAAUGGGUGAUUGGGCCUCUCUUCUGGAGUAAUGUUCUGUUGUCUCUUAAAAUUUAAGCAGUAGUAGAAAUAUGGGGAUUCAAACAAAAGGGUAUCUAGGAUCCGCCUAGAUUACACUAUACCAAAGAAUUUGCACAUUUUUUAUCAUAAAAUAUUUGCACUAUCGCUCCACUAGAUUGUCUAUUUUAAUCUCCUCCCAAAUCACAAAAAGCUUCAAUAAGCAUGAGGGGGAGAAUAACUUGACCACCAUGAGAAGAUUGAAACCAAGAUAUGAUUCGUCCACAGCCAGAGUUUAUAUUCAUUUCUUAUCAUGGUUGAUCUAUAAUUCAGAUUGAAAAUCUUAAACAAAAACAUUAUUGACUAUUCUAGUUUGCAUAAUUUAAUGAUCUAGAGCUAGGUUUCCUACAGUGUGAUGUAGCUCAUUUUUGUUUCAUAUGCUUUUAGUCCCUUGAAAAGCAUUUCUCCAUUUGGAGAUGGUGGCAUGUGCUCUGUUUAGUAGAUCUAUGAAACUGUAACGAAGUUGUUCAUCACCAACCAUUUUUAAUAAAGAAAGGAAAGAAAAUUAGGAAUGGAAAGAAAAGAGGGUUGGUGAACUUUAGGCAUGCAAGUUGCAGGAGGUGUUCAUUCAUGAUUAAUUAUUAAUUCUUUCCUGAAUCAAAUCUUUGCACAGGAUCAAGGGAAUAUGAGCUCAUAGAUUUUCCUUUUGUUUAUCUAUUUCCUCACACUUAAUUUAUGCUCCCAACAUGUCCUAAAGUUCUCAACUACACAAAGAUGAGUGCUUCUCUCAAGUAAGUGUCUCCUUUCUCUAUUAUUUGAACUCAUGUAUUUGUGUAUAUAAAUGCUAUAAAAAUACUGUUUUUUUUUUUUUUUUAGGUUAUGGAUCAUAGCAUUAUUUGAUACAAAAUACUGAACCCAAGUUUUCUUUCUCUUUAUUCUUUUUAAUGUCCAAAUCGAUAUUUCAGAGUCCUUAUAGAUCCAAAUGUAGGACCAAGCAUGCUUGGAAAAGUCUGCUGUUCAACCUUUUUCAGUCAAAGGCAGAAGUGGCAUUGAAAAGGUGACCCCUCACCAACUUGUGGGUGACCAGAGGGCAGAGAGAACCCAUAAAGAGGGCUUCUCAAAGGACCACGGAUUUAAAGGGUCAUGGGAAGAAUUAUAUAUAUAUGGCACCAUGAGAAGCUUCUGGGAAGUUUUGCUGGCUUUCCAAGGAGACAACAACAACAAAGACAGGUGGAGGAAAGCUUCUCCGUCGGCUUCCAUGGGUAAGCCGAUACCGGGUCCGAGAGGUUUUCCGGUGGUUGGGAGUAUGAAGCUUAUGGCCAGCCUUGCCCACCACCGGAUUGCUGCGGCGGCGGAGGCCUGUGGAGCCAAGCGGCUUAUGGCUUUCAGCCUGGGCGAGACUCGGGUUAUCGUUACCUGCAAUCCUGAUGUUGCGAAAGACAUUCUGAACAGCUCCGUGUUUGCUGAUCGUCCGGUGAAGGAGUCGGCUUACAGUCUGAUGUUCAACAGAGCAAUUGGGUUCGCUGCCUACGGAGUUUACUGGCGAACCCUCCGGAGGAUCGCUGCCACGCAUCUCUUCUGCCCGAAACAGAUCAAAGCCUCGGAGGCUCAGCGAGCGGAGAUCGCCGCUGAAAUGGCGGCAAUGUUUGGAGAAAACACAGAGCCUUUCCGCGUCCGAGACGUCCUGAAACGGGCUUCACUCAGCAGCAUGAUGUGCUCUGUUUUUGGACGAAAAUACCAGCUCGAUUCCUCCAACAACGAAGCUCACGAACUCAGGACUCUUGUCGAAGAAGGCUACGACCUCUUGGGCACUCUCAACUGGUCCGACCACCUUCCCUUUCUCGGAGACUUUGACCCACAAAAGAUCCGCAUGAGAUGCUCCAACCUUGUCCCCAAAGUCAACCGCUUCGUUACCAGAAUCAUCGCUGAACACCGUGCCCGAACCACUGAAAAAAUCCGAGAUUUCGUCGAUGUUUUGCUCUCCCUUCAAGGGCCUGAUAAAUUAUCCGACUCCGAUAUGAUCGCCGUCCUUUGGGAAAUGAUAUUUAGGGGGACUGAUACAGUGGCGGUUUUGAUCGAGUGGAUACUCGCGAGGUUGGUGCUCCACCCCGACGUCCAAUCACGAGUCCACGACGAGCUCGACAGGGUCGUCGGAGAGUCACGCGCUGUCGCCGAGUCUGAUAUCACGGCCAUGGAGUACCUCCCCGCGGUGGUGAAAGAGGUUAUCAGGCUGCACCCUCCUGGUCCACUCCUCUCGUGGGCUCGAUUGGCUACAACUGAUACAACCGUUGAUGGGCAUCACGUGCCAGCUGGGACUACAGCCAUGGUCAAUAUGUGGGCCAUCACCCGGGACCCGAACGUGUGGUCAGACCCACUCGAAUUUAAGCCCGAUAGGUUCUCUGGAAUGGGAGCUGACACCGAUAUAUCUGUAUUCGGUUCUGAUCUUCGACUCGCCCCGUUUGGGUCGGGCCGCAGGGUCUGCCCUGGAAAGACUCUUGGGUUGACCACGGUUACCUUUUGGGUAGCCUCGCUUUUGCACGAGUUUGAAUGGAAGCCGUUGGAUGGGAAUAAUAACGUUGACCUGUCGGAAGUUCUGAAGCUGUCGUGUGAGAUGGAGAAGCCCCUCACCGUCAAAGUGCACCGUAGGCGUAGUACUAGUACCUCAUCCCCAUAAAUAAAUAAAUAAAUAAAAAUCAAAUAGCCCAAAAACUAUAAGAAAAAAGAAUGAAAAAAGAAGUAAAACUUGUGCAGGAGUUGUUAAAUCUCAACCGUUUAUCUACCCUCUAUAUAUAUCCCGUGUUGCUCUGCUUGGGCUCUGUUUGGGUGUCAUGUUUUUGUUUUUUGUUUUUGACAAGUUUAGAAUCAAGGCCUUUUAUUUUAUUGAACUUCCUAAACCGUUGUAUAUAUUCGGAGUGAAGUAAUACCAUCAAGGGCAAGUUCCAAGUUUCUAUCUUCUUA